UUUUUUUUUUUUUAAUUGGGGUUGAAGCAAAAUUAAUUACAAAAGAAGAGCAUUUGAUUUUUAAAAAACCCUUAAAAGCAAAGCAGCUGCCAUAACAUUGGCAAGAUGAAUGGGACAGAAGGUAUCAAUUUUUAUGUGCCUAUGUCCAACAAGACAGGGGUGGUGCAGAGCCCCUUCGAGUACCCCCAGUAUUACCUAGCCAAGCCCUGGAAAUUCCGUGUCAUGUGUUGCUACAUCUUUUUCCUCAUCUCCAUUGCUUUGCCCAUCAACCUCCUCACCCUCCUGGUCACCUUCAAACACAAGAAGCUCCGGCAGCCGCGCAACUACAUCUUGGUCAACUUGGUGGUGGCUGACCUCUUCAUGGCCUGCUUUGGCUUCACGGUCACCUUCUACGCUGCCUGGAAUGGCUACUUCGUCUUCGGACCCGUCGGCUGUGCCAUGGAGGGCUUCUUCACCACGCUGGGAGGCCAAGUCGCCCUGUGGUCCCUGGUUGUCUUGGCCAUGGACGGCUACAUCAUUGUCUGCAAACCCAUGGGAAACUUCCGCUUCUCCGCAACCCACGCCAUGAUGGGCAUCGCUUUUACCUGGAUAAUGGCCUUUUCCUGUGCCAAUCCACCCCUCUUCGGCUGGUCCAGAUACAUGCUGGAGGGGAUGCAGUGUUCCUGCGGCCCCAACUACUGCACCCACAACCCUGACUACCACAACGAGUCCUACGUCCUCUACAUGUUCGUCAUCCACUUCAUCAUCCCGGUCGUGGUCAUUUUCUUCUCCUACGGGUGCCUCAUUUGCAAAGUUCGAGAGGCAGCUGCCCAGCAGCAGGAGUCGGCCACGACCCAGAAGGCCGAGAAGGAGGUGACGCGGAUGGUGAACCUCAUGGUGCUGGGGUUUAUGCUGGCCUGGACGCCCUAUGCCAUGGUGGCAUUCUGGAUCUUCACCAGCAAGGGAGUGGACUUCACCGCCACGCUCAUGUCAGUGCCUGCCUUCUUCUCCCUCUACAACCCCAUCAUCUAUGUCUUCAUGAACAAACAGUUCCAUAAUUGCAUGAUCACUACAAUCUGCUGUCGUCAUUACAAUCACUACAAUCUGUCUUCGUCCCCCUUUGGGGACAAAGACAUCUCCUCUGCCGUAUCCCACAGCAAGACUGAGGUCUCCUCCGUCUCUUCCAGCCAAGUGUCACCUGCAUAG